AUGGAGAGAAUACACGUGACCGUGCGAGCUCGGCCGCUCUCGGCUGAAGACGCCAAGACCAGCCCUUGGCGUAUCUCAGGCAACUCCAUCUUCAUCCCCAACCACUCCUCCAAGUUCGAAUUUGAUCGAAUUUUUGGGGAAGAUUGUAAGAACCUCGAGGUCUACCAAUCUCAGACCAAAGAUAUAGUCGCGGCUGCAGUUCGCGGUUUCAAUGGAACAGUUUUUGCUUAUGGGCAAACUAACAGUGGGAAAACUCACACAAUCCGAGGGUCGGCUACUGAGCCGGGGGUGAUUCCUCUUGCAGUGCGUGAGAUGUUCAACAUUAUUCAAGAGGAUGUUGAUCGGGAGUUUCUUUUACGAAUGUCUUAUAUGGAGAUCUAUAAUGAGGACAUAAAUGAUUUAUUGGCUCCUGAGCAUCGAAAAUUGCAGAUUCAUGAAAGUCUAGAGCGAGGGAUAUAUGUUGCUGGAUUGCGCGAAGAAAUUGUUGCCUCUCCAGAGCAAGUGCUUGAUCUCAUGGAGUUUGGGGAAUCUCAUCGGCAUAUUGGAGAGACAAAUAUGAAUCUGUACAGUAGUAGGUCCCACACCAUUUUCCGCAUGAUAAUUGAAAGUCGAGAUAGAAACGAAGAUGAAGAUAUUGGUAGUUCUUGUGAUGCGGUCCGUGUUUCAGUUUUGAAUUUAGUGGACCUAGCUGGUUCAGAACGUGCUGCAAAAACUGGUGCCGAAGGUGUCCGGCUCAAAGAGGGUUCCCAUAUAAAUAAAAGCCUUAUGACAUUGGGAACUGUCAUUAAAAAAUUGAGUGAAGGUGCUGAGAGUCAAGGGGGACAUGUGCCAUAUCGAGAUAGCAAACUUACGCGAAUUUUGCAACCUGCUUUGGGUGGAAAUGCAAAUACAGCUAUAAUAUGCAACAUCACGCUAGCACAAAUUCAUGCAGACGAGACUAAAAGCAGUCUCCAAUUUGCAAGUAGAGCAUUACGUGUCACAAACUGUGCUCGUGUCAACGAGAUUUUAACAGAUGCUGCUCUUCUAAAGCGUCAAAAGAAGGAAAUUGAGGUGCUUCGAGCCAAAUUGCAGAUUGUGUAUGUGAAGUGUAAGCUUUUUAUUAUUCUGUGUUUCAGGAAUCUCAUUCAGAACAUUGGGCAGAGGAAAUCCUCAAUCUGCGAAAUACACUACUGCAGGAGAAGAGGCGUGAUACUUGGUGUCCCAGGUAAUCUUACAAGGGAGACUCAGGGAGAGGUGGUAUCCACCAUCCAAUCGAAGGCAUCUGUGGCAAAAACUGUGAGACCUAUGCGUGAUGUUGGACCACUUCUUCCUUUUCAAGAACUGGUGCAUGAGACUGAAGUUGCCGAGAAUGAGUCUUGCAAAGAAGAUGAAGAAUGUAAAAACAUCACAUUGGAUGACUCUGCUCUUCCCGAUCCAUGUGCUUUAUUACAUGUUACGAACAGGAGAAAAGUGCCACCCAGGAAGAAAAGCUUACCCCUGGACAAUGAUUUAGUAGAUUUGCAAGCAGAAUAUGAAGAUUUGCUUAUAAAAUUUGAAACUCAGAGAACUUUGAGUGAGAUACAAAUUGAAUGCUUGACACGAAAGCUUGCUGAGGCUGAUAUGUUUUCUGGAGCAAUGUAUAAUGACUACUUCACAUCUUAUCUCGAUAAAGGUACCAUUAAUGGGGACAAUAACAUUAGUUUAAGAGAGUCGGAGGCUAUUCUUGUGAUUAAGCGACUUCAAGAACAGAUUAAGAUGCUAGAAAUGGAGAAGUCUUCAAGCCAGCAGAAUCUGGAUAGUGUAGUUGACCUGGCAACAGAGCAGAACAUAUGUGCCAGGGAGAAGUUUGGCGAGCUCUAUGAAGAGCUUCUAAUUGCACGUGAGGAGGCUAGGGUUGCUCGUGGCAUCCUUGGAACGAAUCUGUAG